GUGAUGUCUCAUUGUCUCCGCCAGCUGGCUAGCUUGCAUAUAGCGUGAUGAUGUAAUUCGGUUGUGCUUUUUGUACCGAUUCAAUGACUUCCCCGUGCAUACUUCAAGGAGAACUGGCUCCGUAUCAUUGAUGAAGGAAAGAAAAUCGUGUUGAGCCGAUAUUAGUCGGGACGAAUAAGUCACCACUCUACCAAUCUUAACCAUUAAAACGAGGCAAAAUGAGGAAUAUCAUCAUCCCACAACCCAACUCACCAUCAGGGUGGCAAGCCUUUGCAAAUGAGCAAGCCGUGGCCAGUAUUCCACUACAAGCAGCUCGAGAUGUUAAUCACACUUCAAGAAUUGCGACAUUCCGUGGAGUUUUCCUCGAUUCCUCUAAAGUUCUCCCACAUUCCAUGAGCCGAGUAAACGUAUAUACAGAUGUUCUUGUCUUGGACCAAACCACCAUUAUUGCGCCUAACGAUAACGGAACAAUCCUUAUUGUCUCUAGGGUUCUCACCUCCAAUGGUCCAGUGACCCUCACAGUUCCAAGAGGUCUUACGACAACCUGUGUCAUUUCAAUCUAUACGUCAGUGAUAAAUCAGCAAAUCACAGUAGCCACAGGCGAUAAUACAAGGCGUGUUGUUCUUGAUCAGAUAGGAACCGGCAAAGCCAAUGCUGGAGUAAUUGUAGUCUUUAGUCAAAGCGGCUUACAAGUCGAAUAUCAGAAAUUCUACCCUUCUACCACCAGUAAAGAACUUCAAGCCAGCUUGAAUACCCAGCUUCAAAUUGGCCUUAUUCAAUUCUGGCGAAAUAAUUCCAUAGCGAUUUCACUAUGCUCUCAUGUUGCAAGAAUCAGUACGAGGCAACGAGCUUAUGCCCUCAUCAAUACACAAGCAAGAGCUCUUGGUCAGCAACUAGCUGGCCAAGCAAUGGCUGGCAAAGAUAUGAGCUAUGCCCCAGUGUUGGUUCUCAGCAGAUACAAAGAAACAACUCAAGUCGCAUUAAAUGCUGCAACAGCAUUUGAACAACAAUUUGAGCGUUUUCAGGAUAAGGCACAGUCCUUGGAUGUUCACAUGCAAGCAUGGAAUGUCAUGUUGUCGCAAGCUAUCAAUGAGUAUAACAUGCGUGUCAAUAUGCGCAACUUGGCGCUCGAGAAAUAUGAGUCUUCCGUGAGAACAGUUACUGGCUGUUUCCAACAAUUUGAUAACGAUGUUUUCGCUUUAGAGUUCUUACGAAUUGCUUUCGAAGUGGGGUUGAAUAGCUGGGCUUUCGAGCAAAGGUUGAGAGCUGUGUUCGAGAUUCUGCAAGCAACCAUCACCUUUGCAAUUGCAGUUGGCCAGCUAUGUCUUGGCAGUCCCGGUGGAGUUGUCCAAGGCGCGGCAGCUGGAAGACAGGCCAUCGGAGCUGUUGUCGCAGCAGAGAAAAUCGCUGGUCAAGUGAACAAAAUUUUGUCCUCUGGAACAUUGCAAACACUUCUAGACUGUAUCGAGGCCCUUGGUACUCUAUAUCCUUCUGUUGAUACUAUAGUGAGGACACUAAUACAAUUUGGAAACAACCCAAAUAUCGAUAUUCCUACCACGGGAGAUAUCUCCGGUACAAGCCAAGGAGACGCUGAUGCUGCUGCCAUUGUAACUAUGACCGCAUGGGAUAGAUGGCUCCUAGAAGUUGACGAUCAAAUGGUAUUCGCAGUUUCACAGGGUAUUGCAAGUGCGAGUGCAUAUCAACUAGGCCUUCGAAAGCACGCUAUCAAUGGGAAACAAUUAGCCCAAGCACAAGCAGAAGCAGUAAAAUCCGGUUAUGAGUAUAUUCAGGCGCAGAUGGAAGUAAUUCGAUGUUCUCAAGAUAUCGCAGAUCUGCAGGCAUUAAAGGCUGGGUUUGUUGGCCAGGAAGCUGUUUAUCUUGAAGCCAAAUCAAUGUUCUAUGACCGGGCUAUGGCUUUGCGAACCAACGUCGUCCUCUCACUCCGGAAUAUGGCCUGGGCAUAUCGCUAUUGGGCACUAGCCGAUAGUUCAAUUACUCUCGAUGGACAAAAGCCUCUGGUCGAGUAUCAACAAGAUCUCUCUACCGUUAUAAUGGAGUUGGAACAUGCCGACUCAAGAUGGGCCAGUGAUCAUCAACCUUUUAAUUAUGACAUACCAUCAAACACGCUCCCUUCCAAUCAAGGUCAAUCGAUGAUUAAUGGUAUCAAAAGCAAUGAUAACACUGCCAGUUUUACUCUCCUUACUGAGAGACAUCUUGCAAGUCAAUUUGUGGAGGGGUCUCAUUACCGGCUGAGUGGAAUGGAUCCUACCUUGAAUGGGAUUCUUCCUAGACCGGAAGCAAUGCAAGGUGGCAUUGUUGUUGUGAGACUGCAAAUCACCACAUCAGGUAUCUAUUCAGAUAUCUAUAAUAACCAAGUAUUCCAUUUCUCUAGUAUGCCUCAGGUAAGAAGAUGCUCGUAUGAUCUUUAUUCAGAUGGCACGAGAGGCGCGACACGUGAUGAGCCUAUAUUCGAGACUAGAGAUCAUGCCGAGCCCACUCCAUUUACACAAUGGAAGAUCAAGUUGUUAAAUCCUGAGGAGGUCAAUCUGGAUGGGUUGAAUGAAAUCAAUUUGAGAUGGAGGGGGCGUGUUCGCUUUGAUGAAAGAUAUCGAUUGCUUCGUGAUGUGGAGGAAUUGUAGGAAUGUCUUAUAGCAUGAAGCCUCGAGAAUGAUCAUCGAGUUGCUUAGUUCAUUCGAAGAUGAAUCUUUAUAAGUACACAAUAAAAAUGAGGGGCCCUUUGA